AUGUACGCGAUAAAGUUAUCGGUCUUUUUCUGCCUCGGACUCGCAGGUUUUACGUGGCAAAACGAACAAAUUCCAAGAGUUGAUACACAUUUAGGAAACAUAAGUGGUUACUAUAAAACGUCGCAAUUUGGUAAAAAGUACGAGGCUUAUGAAGGUAUUCCUUACGCAGAACCACCUGUUGGUAAACUUCGUUUCGAACCACCUAGACCUGCUCAAAGAUGGGGAAACGAAUUACCCGCGAAAAAGAAAAGUUCGCCUUGCAUGCAAUUUCUUAUGUCUUUCGAAGCAAAAGGCGAGGACAGAGUCAUAGGUUGCGAGGAUUGUUUGUACAUGAAUAUUUACGUGUCGAUUAGGAACAACAAUGAAGAAUUGCUGCCAGUGAUAUUUUGGAUUCACGGUGGAGCUUUCCAAUUUGGCACUGGAAACCAAGCAGACGAGAAACGUAUAAUGGAUCGUAAUAUUGUCUUGGUCACGUCCAAUUAUCGUUUAGGACCAUUCGGGUUCCUUAGUACGGAAGACAGCGUAGUACCCGGAAACAUGGGAUUGAAGGAUCAGAGUCUAGCUUUACGUUGGGUAUACGACAAUAUUGAGAAUUUUGGCGGUGAUUCCAAAGAAAUAACUCUGUUAGGUUUGAGUGCAGGAGGUACAAGCGUUCAUUAUCACUACAUGUCGCCCCUGAGUGCUGGUCUAUUCCAAAGAGGUAUAUCAAUAAGUGGUGUUACACUCAAUCCUAGGUCACAAACGAGACAUGCUUCUAAGAAAGCUAAAAAAUUAGCCUCUCUUAUGGGAUGUUCAAGUGAUACUAGCGAAAACAUGAUCGCCUGUUUAAAAGCUCGUCCUCCACGAGUUAUAUCGCAAGCUGUCGGUAACUUCAUGCAUUGGCUAUACAAUCCUGCCACACCUUUCGGACCAGUCGUUGAAAAACAAGGAUCUAAUCCUUUUAUAAAUCGUCCUCCAAUUGAAAUUAUCAGUUCAGGAGAUGUUCUAGAUGUACCAUGGAUUACUGGAAUCGUUAGCGAAGAAGGAUUAUAUCCUUCCGCAGAAUAUGUUGCUAAUGACAACCUUCUGAAAGAGUUGAAUGAUAAUUGGGACGACCUUGCACCGUAUAUUCUUAAUUUCAACGAUUCUAUUCCGCUUAAAGAGCACAAACAGGUCGCAGAAAAAAUUAGAGAAUUUUAUUUUGGACGUGAAAAGAUUGAUAGUGACACGGUUAUGACUUUAAUACAUAUGAUUGGAGAUCGGAGUUUUGGCGUUGGUUUUGAAAAAGCUUCUAGAUUGCAAGCGAAAGUUAACAAAAGUCCAGUGUGGACCUAUUAUUACUCGUAUAGAGCACAGCACAGUUUUAGCGAAGCAAUGAGCGGUUCUAACAAAAACUUCGGUGUAAGCCACGGUGAUGAUCUAUUCCUUGUGCUUGACAAGACUAUAUCGAAUACUACGAAACCAGAUGAUUUAAAAAUGCAAGAAUAUUUAAUUGAUUUUUACACAUCAUUUGCUAUUGAAGGAAUACCAAAUAUUGGUCACGCUAAAUGGGAACCAUUGAAUUCUGAUCAAGACUUUCGUUAUUUGCACAUAGCAAAUCUGACAAGUAUAAGCAUGGAAUCUAGUCGAAAUUUUGCUGAAAAAGAUUUUUGGAGCACAAUCCAUAUUUAUGAAAAAGAUCAAUUAUCACAAAAAAUAUCGAGCAAAUAUGGUGCGACUUAA